CAGUAACCAUUGCCGUUGUAAUUAUGUCUUACUUUCCUCAUCUUACUUAAACCCACCAAGUACACCGUUCUUUCCUUUGUCUCUCACACCUAAGAGGAAAGUUCUCAGUAGCUCAUCCAAUCAGUGUUCCAACUUGAAUUUCGAGUAUUUACCAACACAUUAGCCGGGGCUCCUUAUUCGUCCAUUACUUCAACACUUUAUUCGUUCUUGUAUAACCCUUUCUCGAUUCGAUCAUUCUCCAUCUUCGUUGCGUAAAACCCAUAUCGCCGACAUGAAGAACGUUGGUUCCGUCUUGAUGCUGCUGGCAGCUUCUGCCAGCUACGUCAUCUCCUACCCUACCCACAACUCAGCGAAUGCCCUUGCGGCACGCUCUAAUUUUGAUCCACAUCUCGUUCCAAGAUUACAACAUGCCAGAGGCAGAAGAGCUGCCCGGAGAAUCGAUCUCGCCGCUCGCGGUAAUGACACGGGCAAGAAUGACGGUGUGGCAGCAGGAGGUGCCGCUGCAAAUGGAACAGCCAAUGUCGUAGGUGCUGGAUCCAACGGAAAUGGCACAGCAGCAGUCGACGGCGAUGACGAAGCGGCAGAGGAGGAAGAGGAGGCAGCCGAAGAGGAAGAGGAGGCAGCCGAAGAGGAGGAAGAGGAGGCAGCCGAAGAGGAAGAGGAGACAGCCGAAGAGGAAGAGGAGGCAGCUGAAGAGGAAGAGGAGGCAGCCGAAGAAGCGGCCAAAGAGGAGGCUGCGGCUGAAGAGAAGCUCAAGGAGGGGCAAGAAGACGUUGCUGAAGACGCUGCCGGCGAUGCAGCCGAUGAUGCAGCCGGUGAUGCAGCCGGCGAUGCAGCCAGCGACGGCAGCUUCCUAUCAGAACUCUUGUCCUCGCUCACUGGUGCUGAUGAUAACGCAGAAGAUGCUGGAGGUGUCGAUCUUUCAGGUCUUCUGUCCGGACUCCUCGGCAAGCGAUACCACGACCACAAGAGGCCCACUAGACGAAGCUUCAAUAUUCACGUCUAGAUGUUUUUUCAGGCGGCGAUCCACACAGCUGUGUACAGUAGGAUCGUUUAGCUCGCUCAUAUGAUGAGAGGCUCAGGCGAGAUCUGGGGUGCUGGCCAGGCCGUUGAUUCGAAUGGUUGGUUAUUGUUUGUUGAACAUGGGUUUCAAUGUAUUUAUGAAAGUCUAGCUGGCCUGGAUGCUUACGUUCUACUUUUACAUGACGAAAUGCGUUGGUGGAAUCAAGUUGCUAAUAUGUAGCGUUGCUUGCUUAAAAAGGAUUUGGCAAAGGUGCAUGAGAAAUAGGGUUCGAGGCAAUAGAUUUGGGAGAAAUAUUCAAGUCAAUUCAAACUUUACGG